UUUUUUUUUUGUUUGUUUGUUGCUCUUCAUCGACUAGUGUUCGUCGUCUCUGUGCGCUCUCUUCUCUUCUCUCUCUUUCGUCGACUGUUAGCUUUUAUUCCCCUGCGAUAUAUUAUUCCGGCGUUUCAGUAUUAGCCGGAGGAGAUUGAAAGUUUCGGUUUUUGUUUCCUCUUUUUAGCUGGUCGAUUUCCAUUUCUGCAGCCAUGAGCUCUGUUUUGCAGGGUUUUACCAAGUCACUCGCUAUGACGUUUGUCUCGGAGAUUGGUGAUAAGACGUUUUUCGCUGCAGCUAUUUUAGCAAUGCGUUAUCCUAGGAGACUUGUGUUGGCUGGUUGUCUAUCGGCUUUGAUUGUCAUGACUAUCCUCUCUGCUACUCUUGGAUGGGCUGCUCCAAAUCUGAUCUCUCGCAAAUGGACCCAUCACAUAACAACCUUGUUGUUCUUUGGUUUUGGACUUUGGUCUUUGUGGGAUGGUUUUAAAGAAGGAGGAGGGGGUUCGGAAGAAUUGGCUGAAGUCGAAGCAGAACUGGAUGCUGAUUUGAAAGCUACUGGUAAAACUACAAAAGACAGCAGUAAGAUUGAAGAUGAAAACAAAAAGCAGAAAAGGCCAUUCCUCACACAAUUCUUCUCUCCAAUUUUUCUUAAGGCAUUUUCGAUUAACUUCUUUGGAGAAUGGGGUGACAAGAGUCAGCUUGCUACUAUUGGUUUGGCAGCAGAUGAAAAUCCACUCGGAGUGGUCCUUGGCGGAGUUGUGGCACAAUUUUUGUGCACCACGGCUGCUGUGAUUGGGGGAAAGAGCUUAGCAUCUCAGAUAUCCGAAAGAAUAGUUGCUCUUUCUGGUGGAAUGCUCUUCAUCAUUUUUGGCAUCCAAUCAUAUCUUACUUCUAUAGAGGCCUAAUGCUUCUAAUGGUUUCUAGGGAGAGAUGACCACGAAGAAGGUUACCAGCCAUAGUUUCUUAGAUACUUACUCUUUGAUUAUAUUAGACGUUUACACAAGUGAUUUACAAAACAAAUCUCGAAGAUUGUUACAGUGAAAAAUAUUUAAAUGGGCUGAAACAGCAACCUGACUUCAAUAAAGUUUAGCUAAACAGUGUUUGAUCUU